UACUUCAUCGGCUUGCAAACUUUCAGCGAGUGUGGAGUUUGCCUCCAAAUGAAAAUACAGGAAAAGAAGUUACUGCUCUUGCUUGGAGACCAGAUGGCAAAAUUUUGGCUUUUGGCCUUACUGAUACCAAGCGGAUUGUUCUGUGUGACGUAGAAAAACCUGAAAGCUUGCACUCCUUCUCCGUGGACUCAUCUAUUACUUACAUGCAUUGGAUGGAAGUAACUGAGGAAAGCAGUGUUCUCACUUCUUUUUACAAUGCUGAGGAUGAAUCAAAUCUCCUUUUGCCUAAAUUACCGGCGCUACCAAAAAAUUACAGUACCACUGCAAAAAUUUUCAGUGAAGAAAAAUCAGAUGAGAUUAUGAAGCUUCUGGGUGAUGUAAGGCUUAAUGCUCUUGUCCUUGGUGGCAGCUCAGGAUUUAUUGAGAUUUAUGCUUAUGGAAUGUUCAAGAUUGCUACAGUAACUGGGGUGGCAGGUUCUUGUCGUGGACUAUGUUUAUCUAGUGAUUUGAAAUCACUAUCAGUUAUUACAGAGAUACGAGACUCUUCAGACAGCGAAGCAGAGAUAACAUAUUUUCAGCUGGACACUAGUCUAUUAUCAAGUUACUUACCUGAGGUAACUCGAAUGGCCCGGAAGUUUACUCACAUUUCAACUCUGUUACAGUAUAUAAAGUUGUCAUUGACGUGCAUGUGUGAAGCAUGGGAAGAAAUAUUGAUGCAGAUGGACUCACGGCUAACAAAGUUCGUCCAGGAAAAGAAUACAACCACUUCUGUUCAGGAUGAGUUUAUGCAGCUGUUGUUAUGGGGCAAAGCAAGUCUGGAACUUCAGGCAUUGCUAAUGAACCAACUGACAGUAAAGGGUUUAAAAAAACUCGGUCAGUCCAUAGAGUCUUCCUAUUCUAGCAUACAAAAGUUGGUCAUAAGUCAUUUGCAGAGUGGCUCUGAGGCACUGUUAUACCACUUGAGCGAAUUGAAAGGAAUGGCUUUAUGGAAACAAAAAUAUGAGUCUCUGGGAUUAGAUGCAUCCGGAAUUGAAGAGGCUAUUACUGCUGUUGGUUCUUUCAUCCUGAAAGCAAAUGAGCUGCUUCAAGUUAUCGACAGUAGUAUGAAAAACUUCAAAGCAUUUUUUCGAUGGCUGUAUGUUGCCAUGUUGAGGAUGUCAGAAGAUCAUGUGCUUCCAGAGCUGAACAAGAUGACUCAAAAAGAUAUCACGUUUGUUGCUGAUUUUCUUACUGAACACUUCAAUGAGGCACCAGAACUUUACAAUCGUAAAGGAAAAUACUUCAAUGUGGAGAGAGUUGGCCAGUACUUGAAAGAUGAAGAUGAUGACCUUGUAUCACCACCUAAUACAGAGGGAAACCAGUGGUUCAACUUUCUUAAAAAUAGUACUCAUCUGAAAGAAAGUCCACUUUUGUUUCCCUACUAUCCUGAGAAAUCACUGCAUUUUGUCAAAAAGCAAAUGGAAGGGGUCAUUGAUCGGUGUUUACAAAAGCCAGCGGAUGUAAUUGGAAAGUCAGUGCAUCAAGCAGUCUGCAUGUCUCUUUACAAAACUUCUCAAAGUGAAGAUUCCACACCUCAAUUAUUUAAACUACCAUUUCUGUGGAAUGAUAAAACAUCCAAUAUACAUUAUGUUCUCUUCACCAUAUUAGAAAAUUCUAUUUCUAAAAUACACAUUUUGAGGAGACAUACUGAUACUUCCAGGUCUGUCAGUAAUGGAAUUCUUGCAGUAGAUUUUGGAAACUUCUUGAACAACAGUAUAAAUGAGAGCUCAGACUCCAGAUGCUACAGUUGUUUAGAUGCACACUUCUAUGAUGAUGAAACUGUAACUGUAGUUCUGAAGGAGAGUGCGGAACAAGAGGGGAAGGAGAGAGUUUUGGCUCAGCUGCCUUUAUCUUCAAUAUACACAGAUGAGGACCAAGACAGGGAAUUCAUCUGGGAUUCUACUAAAAGGCUGGAUGAGCAAAGUGGUGAAAUAUGCACAUGUACUGUCGUCUUGGAGAAUCAGUGGAGAGUGCUGGAGAAUAUGAAAGCUCAGUAUGUUUCUGUAAAUGGCAUUAGAAAAGUUUCCUGUGUGCUAAGUUCAAAUCUCCGUCACGUGAGGGUGUUUGAGAUGGAUGUAGAGGAUGAUGGGGAAGUUGAGGAAGAAGAGGAAGAAGAAACAACUCAGAUUGCAGCUGGGGAACCUGAUGAGCUAAAUCAGUCUGCAGAUAACCAGGACAAUGUGUGUGGUCCAUCUGCUGAGGAACUACCUGAUGAAACUGAAGAACGUGAAUCAAGUCUGGAUCCUUGACAUAGGCUUUUAUACUGGUAAAGGGACAAGACUGUAAUCUAACUUCAGGCUGCUGAGAUGAUAUAUCCUGUACCUACUCAAGCAGCUGUAGCAGGAUGUUGUGUGUCAGAAUUCUGUAUUGCUUCUCAGCUAAGACUGUGUUCUAGAGUACAUUUAUUUGACCCUUUUUUGUCUGGCACAUGGUUUGGUAUGAACUAAAUUUCCUUGAGAGCUUUUCCAUUUGCAUUUUUUUUAUAGGUGAGGAGAGAAAGAAAUACCAACUAAUGUUUUUGUAGUUAACCUGUUCAGUCCUAAAUACUGAUAUUAAGAUAAAAUGAACUUGUAUGUGAAAACAACAGAACUCAGGACCGAAUUAAUUUCUUCUCAGACUUCGUGUUCUAGUAAUGGGUACAGAAGCUUCCCAUAGAGCUGAAAUUUAGGAGUGUGUAUGGCCAACAACAAGCUUGCAGAUCAGCAUAAGACUAGUUAGACAACAACAUUUAGCAGUUGUUGCUUAAAUACAUACUUUUAAAAACUCUUGAUAAUAUCUGACCUCAAUAACACAGUAUUUCAAUCUGCAGUUCUUUAGUCCUCAGUGCAACAUUUGUGUGUGUGUGUAUGUGUGUAUGUUUUGUCAAAUGUUUGCAUGACUCAGCCUGCCUAGUUUCUGUGAGAUUGUUCCUGAAAGUCUGUCUUCUCCAUCUGGUUUUUUUGUAAUGAAAAGUCACAACAGAGAGUAUAUUUUUUUAUUCCGAUAUGGUAUUGUAUGUCGUGCAUAGGCUUCAGCAUAAUCAUGUUUCUUACUAAUUUAUAUAUUGUGGUAGGAAUGAUGUAGUGCUAAGCAGUAGAAGCUAGAAACAGUGUUUAGAAAUCUAAAAUGUUUUCUUCUUCCCUACUAGCUGUCAGAGUCUUAGCUGACUUAAAACUCAGCUCUUUGAAUGAACGAUGCUGCUAAAUGCAUGAUCUUCCUUCAGAACAGUGAGUGUACCUUGUAUUUGUGAAGAGGACCAGGUCUUAUGCAUGUGCUCCAUUUUGUACUUCAAAAAUAAACAAAUCUUCUGA